AUGGAUAAAAUCGGUUUUAUCAAAAAAGAUAUCUACAAUCUUGAAUGUAGUGUGAAUGGGAAGCUGAGGAACCACGAUGUUGAACUAGUGACCGAGUAUUUUAUGGCUGAACAGAAAAAAAAUGAGGCUUUUUAUUUCAAGAUUGAGGGAGAUGGGCAUGACAGGUUUAGUCGAUGUUUUUGGGCACAUGCAACUUCUAGACGGGCGUAUGGGUUUUAUGGAGAUGUUGUUGUAUUCGAUACCACAUUCAACACGAAUCGAUACGACUUGACAUUUGCACCAAUGUUGGGAGUUAAUAACCAUGGUCAGACAAUUGUCUUAGCAUGCGCAUUUUUGAGCAAGGAAACGACUGAGUCGUUUGUUUGGAUGUUUGAGGAGUUUAAGAAAGCCAUGCCAGGUGGGGAACCUAAAACGAUCAUUACAGAUCAAGAUGCGGCAAUGGCCAUAGCGAUUUCAAUAGCCUUCCCGACUACAUUUCAUCGACUUUGCAUAUGGCACAUCACAUCAAAGUUCUCUGUUAAGUUACCACGUGACGCUUAUAAGGAGUAUUGGCGUGAAUUUCAGAAAGCCAUAUGGGAUACUGACAAUAAGGAUGAGUUUGAUGCAAAAUGGAAUAUUGUGGUUACAAAGGCUGGUUUGACUGACCAUCCAUGGCUAAGUUCAAUGUUUGAUUCAAGGGAAUCUUGGGUUCCAGCCUACGCACGACAAUUUUUUGCUGCUGGAAUGUCAAGCAGCCAAAGAGCGGAAGGUUCUCAUGGUUUUUUCAAGCAAUACAUAUCAAGGAGAAAUUCGUUGAUGGAUUUCAUAAUACGAUUUGAGAGGGCACUUUCUCAUCAACGUGAAAAAGAGUUAGUUGCUGAUCACAGCUCAAAACAGAGGAUGCUUGUAAAGUUGUCUUUAACGUGA